AUGAGUGUUAAUUAUUCACACUCAAAUUCAAAAAAACUUACCAAUUAUCACUCGGUUGAUAACAAUCCUAUAGUUUCACCCCUUGCAAUUCUCUCUGCUCGUACCACCACUCAAGAUGGGCUUUCUUACAAGCAAGUGUUGGUACACUGGAAUAGUCUGCUGCCUGAAGACACGACAUGGGAAGACUGGGAAAUUCUUAAACAGAAUUAUCACCUUGAGGACAAGGUUAAUUUUGAUGGGGUUGGUAUUGUUACAAUUCCAAAUUCUGACGACGGGCCUAUUGAUGCUAUUGAUAUUGGGCCUGCUAAGGAAAGGCUCACACGUAACAGUAGAAUGCCGAUUAGGUUCGAUGAUCACAUAGUUUACAAAUAG